CAUGAGUCGAUGAACGAUUUGCAAAUCCAUUUUGUACAUUAUAUAUAAUUCAUGUCCAAAAUAUAUCGGUAUAUGUAAAUUAUCUAUUCUAAAAAAUAUUCAAAGUACAGCAUACAGUGAAUUAUAUAGAAAUAUAUAGAAUAAUUAAAUAGAAAUAAAGAUCCUUACGAAUUUUAUGUAAUUUACGGAUUACUAUCUAAAAAACGGAAAGUCAAUUUUAUAUAUAUCUCAUGGAUAGCUAUUUGCCUUGUAUUCUUACUGGUUUUAUAUUUUAUGCCUUUGGCCUAAAAUGGUGUUAUGAAUAUGCUAAGUAUUGGGUAUCUUUGAGACCAAGAGAUGAUCCACACGCGACGAAGGGAUUAAGAUUCAUAGAAAAAUGUGAAAGACUUAUAAAUAGACAUCCUAUAGAAGGAAGUUUGAAGCUAAUAGCAACCGCUGUAGGAUUAGCUGGUACGUUAACCGGUGGUCUGCAACAAGUUGGAACUGUUUCACCAAAAGUUGUACUUGCGACAAUCUAUUUAUUCUUUGCAUUUUCCGGUCUAGUCGAUGUUUUAAACUUUUAUUUUCCUCAUAAUGUUAGCGAAGGAUUAGUUAAAUUGGCGCUUGCUCAAAGUUUUUUCAUAGAAGGAUUUUUAUUCUUAUUGGGAAGUGUUGGAAACAAUGCAUUAGUUGAUAAAAUUUUAGCCCUCAUAGUAUGGACAACAUCUUUGGCUAUUACAUUAGAACUUGUAUGGCCCGAAUUGAAACUAUUAAGAGCUUGUACAACCUUACUUCACGGUGGUUGGAUAGCACAUGUAGUAAGGGUAUAUCAUACAAUGCCAAUGUUACCAGAAGGUAUUGCAUUGAUAUUUUCUUGGCACGUAGCUGCUGCUUCGGCUGUAACAUUAUGUGUAGUAGCUGCAACAAGAAGUUGUGCUCCCAAACUCAUGAUGGAAGAACCACCAGAGAUACCUAUUUAUGAUUAUUGUCAAGAACCGGACCAGAGAAUGUAGACCAUUUGAGUGGAUGCAAUAUAACUUUGUGCCAAUAUGAAAUUUUUAUAAUAUGCACAAAAAUAAUAUUUUUAAAGUAGUAAAUCAUUAGUACUGUAGAGAUCAAAAUAUCAAAACAUAAAUCAAUUAUAAUUUUUACACGCAAUAUUAAUAUUUUUUUACUUAAUAUUUAAUAACUUCAUUUUAUAAUACAACGAAUAACUCUAUUUUUAACUAUAUUUAUACAAUAAAUGUGUAUAACAUAAACAAUUUUGUAAUAUCCUCAAGUUGUAGGUAAAAUACUCAUUAGGAAUUAAGAGGUGCCUUAUUAUUAUUAUUAUUGCUCACUUAUUUAUUAAUAGAAAAACGCGUAAUUUCAUCUUUU